AAAUAUUCUAUCAAUGUCACAUAGUUUAAUCAUCUAUCUUCUAUCAUUCUCUCAUCUUUGGUUGCAGUUUACAAUUCACUUGAAAAGUCAGAAGUUUCAACAUUUCAGUGCUGGUACAGUCACUAUAGUUCACCCUCACAAAACUCAUUUUGAGUUUGAGUUUUAAAGUAUAUUCAUCUUGGUUAAAACAAUCUUUUAUAGUGGUUAAUGCUUACUGUUGUGGGUCAUUCAGCGUCAAGAUAGGUAGUAUUCCAUAAUUUCUAUUAACAAAUAUUCUCAGUAUAGGUGUAGUGUAGAGUUUGGAAAUAGUUCAACAAUAGUUCAAUAAUGAGUGUGAAUAAAGGAAAGAAUAGCAUUAGCACUGCUCAGGCUUUGAUGCAGGAGCAGCUAAAAAGCAGAUCAGCAACACGACUUGUCAACUCACCUCAUGCCAAAUACAACAGUCGUGGACAGCUGAUGUGUGUUGUUUGCGGCUGUGUUGUCAAGAGUGCAAUAUUGUGGCAGUCACAUGUCAUCAAGAAGUCCCACAUUGAUAAUCUGAAGAACCUGCAGGAAAAACAACAACUGCUAAAUUCUGCAAACAAGAGAAAAGCAACAAAUUUCCCUGCAUCUGCUCCUGCUCCAAAGAAACUCAAUGUUCCAACAUCACUUCCUCCUGCACCUGUCAAAAGCAUACUUAAAAAAGCUGGACAAUCUAAAUCUCUUGAGGCAAAUGAGCAACAAUUUGUGAAGAAAGAAGAGCCUUCAGAACCAGUGCCAUCUUUGUCAACAGAGAAUGCCGUGAAAAUGGAGUUAACAGAAGAAGAAUUGAAGCAAGAAGAAGAUAACAUGGAAGAAGACGUAGCAGAGGACCCACAGAGCUACUAUCUGACUGCUGCUGACAGAGCUCCUCAGCAACAGCCAACUUCUGAUCUUCCUGAGGGCUUUUUUGACGACCCUGUUGCUGAUGCCAAGGCACGCAAGAUAGAAUAUGUCGACAAAGACGAGGCUGAAUGGACCGCCUUCAUGCGGGAGGUGUCGGCCGCUGAGAGCACCAGCAGGCAGAUCAUUGCGGACGACACGGAGGAGGCAGCCAAACGCAACCAGAUCCUGCAGGCGGAGGAGCAGAUGCUGUACUACCAGAGAGUGAUCAAGUUUGACCGCGAGAAGCAAGAGAAGCAAACCACGACGUGCAAAAUGGAAGAAGCAAGCAACAUCGAGGAGGAAGAGUCAGACGACGAUGACGUCACUGCGCUAGCCGUUGACUGGAGACGUAAAAGCUGCUUUUAGAUUCCAUCAUAUCCUUAUUUUUGUAACUUAUUUUUAGAUUAAUAAAAAACUUAUAAUGAAAGUUUGAUUGCGAGUACCUAUGUAAGGAUGAAAAUAAUAUUGUUCUAAAUAU